GCGCCGCUACGUCACUUCCGCCAUCGACUCUCCGCGAGCAAGAUGGCGGAAGAUCCUGAGGCUGUGCUUCAGCUCCCUUCUUCAGCGGCCGCGGCCGGCGGCGAGAGCCUUUCGGAGCUCUCCCCCGAAACAGCCACCCCGGAGCCCCCAUCUUCGGCCGCGGUCUCGCCGGGGACGGAGGAACCUCCUGGUGACACCAAGAAAAAAAUUGACAUCUUGCUAAAGGCUGUGGGAGAUACCCCUAUUAUGAAAACAAAGAAAUGGGCUGUAGAGCGAACCCGAACCAUCCAAGGACUCAUUGACUUCAUCAAAAAGUUCCUUAAACUUGUGGCCUCAGAACAGUUGUUUAUUUAUGUGAAUCAAUCCUUUGCCCCUUCCCCAGACCAAGAAGUUGGAACUCUAUAUGAGUGUUUUGGCAGUGAUGGUAAACUGGUCCUACAUUACUGCAAAUCGCAGGCGUGGGGAUGAGCCACAGAUGAACUACUUGAUAUCUUCACAGAAGAAAAGGCUCAGAGAAGUGUUGAUACUGUGGGCAGAGACUUAGUGGCUAUCCAAUACUCAGCAUGAAUCUGCUAUGAGUUGUGCUUAUGUGUAAGAAAACAUCAUAGAGUAAAUGGACUGAAAAAUGAGGUUUUGCCACCAUAAAAUCAUGAAAGUUUAGUGUGCCCAUUACCCCCACACAUUCCUGUUUCAGAUCUGUCUCCAAGGUUAGGAAGGGGACUAGAACUCUUGUCUGUUGUGGUUUUCAGGAUGACUGAAGUUCUGUACUUGUGGAGUUGGCACUGUGUUGUUUCCAUGGUAAAAACUAAUUCACUAAA